AUGGUCUCUAGGGUUUAUGGCAAGCUGCCAGUAGGACGGAGGCUUCCUCGACCACCGUCGCUGGCAUUCGAUCGCGCUGCCAGAGAUCCGCAACAGCAAUCGCUCAGAUCAGCUCUGCAGAUCGACGCCGAGCAAUAUUUCCAGCAUCCAUCCCCGGGGCCGCUUUCUCCAGCGAUCUACGCAUCCCUGCUCCGGCGAUGCGCGAGUGCGCAGGCGCUGGCCGUUGGGAGGAGGAUCGAUGCCCAUAUUUCGAGCUAUCAUCGCGAUCCAGGUACUUUUCUUGGCAGUUUGCUCGUCCAGAUGUAUGGCAAGUGUGGAGACAUCGACAGCGCGCGCCGGGUUUUCGAUUCGGUGGGCGCCAAGACGGCAUUCACUUGGAAUGUGAUGCUCGCAGCAUAUGCCCAAAAUGGGCAUUACAAUCAAGCACUGGAUUUGUUCCGGGAGAUGGGAUCCAGACACAGGAAUCCGGAGGAGAAGCCCAAUGCCAUCACCUUCUCGACUGUGACCAACGUCUGCUCGCUGUCUGGGGAUCUAGAGGCCGGGAGAGCUCUCCAUGCUCGAAUUCUAGACAGCGGAGUGGAGCUUGAUGACUUCGUGGGGACUUGCCUCAUCAACAUGUAUGGCAAGUGUGGGAGCUUGGAGGACGCGAAGAGAUUGUUUGAGGCCUUGCCAAGGAGGAGUGUGGUGGCUUGGAACACCAUGCUCGGCCUCUUCGUCCAGAAGGAACGCUGCGAAGAAGCUCUUAGUUUUUUCAGAAGGAUGCAAAGCUCGGAGACAGUCGUCAUCCCGGAUUCAGUGAGCUAUACAACUGCGCUGAGAGCUUGUUCGCUGCUGGAAACUUUGGAGGAUGGGAGAUCAGUCCAUCGCGACUACUUGGCCAGUGGAAUCAAGCCGGACGUAGUUUUUGGAAACACGCUCGUUAAGAUGUAUAGCGUCUGCGGCAGUGUGGAAGAGUCGAGGUACGCUUUCGACGCCAUGCCGGAGAAGAACAGCGUCUCCUGGACAACCAUGUCCGUCACAUACACUCAGAGUGGCCGCCAUCGAGACGCGAUGGAGCUCUACUGGACCAUGAACUUGGAAGGCGUGAAGGCACACCAGGUGGUAUUUCCAAGCGUUCUUAGCGCGUGCUGGGAGCUGAGACAAGGCAGAGACAUCCACGCUCGGGUAGUUGCCGAAGGUUUUGAUCGAGACACAGCCGUGGGGAAUGCGCUAGUGACGAUGUAUGGGAAGUUUGGGGAGCUCGACGAUGCAAGGAGGGUUUUUCAUGGCAUUCCUGAGAAGACGGUCAUUUCCUGGACGUCCAUGAUCGCGGUAAAUGCUCAAAACGGAGAAUGGGGGGAGGCCUUUCGGCUGUUUAAGACGAUGAAGAGCCGGGGUGGUGUGAGGCCGAACGCCGUGACUUGUCUCAUCAUCCUUGACGCCUGCUCCGACGUUGGGACGGUAGGAGAUGGCAGAGAAAUCCAUGCCGAGAUAAAAGCCGGUGGAUUGGACUCGCAACUCCGGGUGAACAACACGCUUGUCAACAUGUAUGGGAAAUGCGGGAGCUUGGGCGAUGCGAGGGAAGUUUUCGACAGCAUGCGCGAGAGAAAUGUGGUGUCUUGGACGUCCAUGCUGGCUGCGUAUACGCACCAGGGACACGGCAACGAGGCACUGGAACUAUACAGGACUAUGGAGCUUCAAGGCAUGGAGCUCGACGACGUAGCAUUCGUGAGCGUUUUAUCAGCGCUCGGUCACGCAGGAUCCGUCCACGACUGCCGGCAGUGCUUUAUGACUAUGGUCCGUGACCAUGAGAUCCAGACAAUGGCAGAGCAUUACAACUGCUUGAUCGACUUGUUUGGUAGAGCCGGGUGGCUGGACAAUGCCAAGGACUUGCUGGAAAGGAUGCCGUUCGAGCCUGCUUACAAGGAGUGGAUGACUUAUUUGGGGUCGUGCAAGCUGCACGGCGACUCUCACCGUGCUGCAGAUGCUGCCAGGCGAUGUGCCGAUUUGAGGCCAGGAGUGGCCCAACCUUUCGUCAUGCUGCUCAGCACGGUUGGCAACGAGGACGACGCGGAGGAAACCGAAUCAAAAGCCGACGCUCUCUAGUGGCAAGAUCUGGAUAAAGUCGUCACAAUCAGGCUGGCUGGAGCUUGGACGAUGUCUGAUUCAAAAAUGAGGAGUAGAAAAGUCUCUGGAGCGAGAAACAGGCCAGAACAGGAUUGACAAGGGUCCUUUCUGUGAUUGAAGUUCCGGCCAUUAAGAAUGUGUUGGUGUCAGCUCUCGUCUCUCAGGUAUAUACUUGCUCACGUGUACAUCUUCUCGUUGAGACACAUUGCUGGUUGUUGAACAGAAAUUAUUUGCGCUGCGGCUACACGACAGUUUCGCUGUGGAUACAGGGAUCGAUUGACGCUCGCUGGCUUUUUUAUCUUCUCCUUUCCUUUCGGCGAGGUCCAAGUCCAAUUGGACAAUCUCUACUCUGAGAGUAAGCUAUGCA